CUUUUCCAAAUAAAACAAAUCCAAUAAAGGGCGACAAAGGUUGACAUUUUUCCACCACGCACGCUCGCUCACGACGCUCCCCUAUGUAUUAUUCUCUUUAAAUCCAUUCACUGUUUAAUCAAUCAACUAGCAUCAUAAAUCCAACCUGAGAUCUCCUUUCAUUCAGAUUCACCGAACUUCGAGACUAUGGGUGGUAUCUUGACCAAGGGAGAUGACUCGCCUUUGACUUCGGCCCCCACAACCAAGCUUGAAGUCAAAAUCCUGGAGAAAAUGCGCAAGAGAGAAUCCAAAGGAACUUCCAUGAAAUCCUUCAAUACCAUACUCUUAAAAUUCCCAAAAAUUGACGUGGGUCUAAGAAAGUGCAAAGCUAUAUUUGAACAAUUUGAUGAAGAUAAAAGCGGGUCAAUCGAUCCAAAAGAACUGAAUCACUGCUUCCGUAAGCUUGAAAUCGAUUGCACAGAUGAGGAAAUUAAUGAUCUUUUUGAGGAGUGUGAUAUAAACAAGGACAUGGGAAUAGCCUAUAAGGAGUUCAUUGUGCUUCUCUGUCUUGUCUAUCUUCUCAAGAAAGAUUCUGUUUCCACUCAUUCAAGUUCACAAAUGGAGAUCCCGGAUCUAGAAGCCACUUUUGAAACAUUGGUUGACUCGUUUGUGUUCUUGGACAAAAACAAGGACGGUUAUGUUAGUAGGAGUGAGAUGGUUCAUGCAAUAAAUGAAUCUACUUCCGGGGAGGGAUCUUCCGGGCGCAUAGCCAUGAAAAGAUUUGAGGAGAUGGAUUGGGACAAAAAUGGAAUGGUGAACUUUAAGGAGUUUCUCUUUGCCUUCACUAAAUGGGUUGGAAUUGACGACGAAGAAGAGGCCACAGAAGAGUGAGAAAGUAAUUCAAAACAAGCAGGAAAUCUUACGAUGACCGAGCCAAGAUGCUGCUGAUUCAAGAUCUCUUUAUGUUGUUUAUUUUGUUUGUAAAAGUAAAUAUUUUUUUUUUAACUUGGAACUUGUUGCUUCUAUCUAUCAAACGGCGCAUUUUGCUUCACGCUU